GUUUCAAUUUUAAGGGCUUCUUAAAAAUUUUUUCAGUUUUCAUUAUUAUUUAUGCUAGUGCUUACUGUAUUUACAUAUUUUGAACCUGUCAUGGUAUUCUUCAUAACAUUGAUAAUUUAAUACCAUAAACCUAUAAAUAAACAGAUAAAAAACAUGCCUAAUUUUGCAUGGUUUAUUUUUGUUUUGUUAUUUAUGUUAAAAUUCUAUAAUCUGGCCGCCACCAUUUUCUGAAUCUAUGAGCUGUCACUAUAUUGUACUAAGCUUCUUACAUUUUGUAAGUUUUCAAUUAUUUUUAUAUUAUAAAAGAUAUAUUUUAUUCUAUUCUAAAUUUAUAUUAUUCUAUUAUUUUAAGAAUUUGUAAUUCUUAUUAUUUGCAUCAUAUUUGAUAAAUAUUUUGUUUAAUUUUGUCUAGUCUAAUGGGAUAUUAGAACGUUUAGGUAAAGUUGCAGCAAAUGGCUGUAUUCCUGGAAUGAGUAAAAAUUCACCUAAAAUUUCUUCACCUAAACAUAAAAAUGUUCCAGAAGAAAAUGAGGCAUAUUCAUCUGGGGUCUUACAAACAGUAAAAGAUCGAUUUUCUGAAGAAAGAUUGGCAAGAGAUUUUUCUUCAUUGUAUAAAACUGUUACAGAUUUUAUACCAAAGCAAUCACAAAUAUCACAAGAUAUACUUUUAAAAUAUAAAACAGUACAGUCUCCUCAUGUAAAAGAUGACGUUUUGGCAAAUUUUUAUAAACAAUGUUUGAAACCUCUUCAAUUUGAAACAUGGGAUAUGGAAGUUGAUGGACCUUUUGGUCAUUAUUAUGCAUUUGUACGCCAGCAUGAUAGAACAAUAGAAAAACAAAAUAUAUCAGAAAAACAGUUCUGGUUAAUUCAGCCAUUAUGCAAAAUACAGGAAUCUCUUGAUUUAUUAACAUUCCUGGCCCUAACACCAUUAAGGGUGCAUUCAGAAUUGGAGACCAGUUCAACCAAGUCACUUUGGCAUAGAUCAUCCCAUUUAUGGUUGAAGCUUGGAAUGCCUGACAGUGUUCAGAGGAGGAGUUGAUAACAUAAUGUGGUUGUGAUCCAGUCUAGUCCAUAUGCUCAUAUA